AUAUUCCGCCUUACUUCUCUAUUACAGUUAGCAUCCUCGUCCACGGUACAGGGACUCACCCGUUUUCAGUGCCUUUGCGUCAUAUAGCAAGUUUAUCCUCCCUACGGGGCUGUAAAAGCUGCUAUUGACUUGAAAAGUGAAAUCUACAGCAGAGAUGAUGCUAACUACACGUCUUGGAAAAAAUGACCUGGUAUUUUUAUUGAUCAUCCUGGUUUGCUAUGUCUGUCAUGCAGGGGCGGCGACAUGCGGGGUGAGGCAGUUCCAGUGCGAUAAUGGGAAGUGCAUCACGACAAAGUGGGUCUGCGACGACAUGGACGACUGCGGGGACGGCACGGACGAGCUGCCGGCCAACUGCUUGGUCAAGACCUGCUCCCCCUCAGAGUUCAGCUGUGGGGGGAGACUGAACCAGUGCAUUCCCCUUACCUGGCGCUGUAACAGCAUAUCUGACUGCGAGAAUGGUGCAGAUGAAGAAAACUGCGCGCCCGUCAACUGCACGCAGGACGAGUUCCGCUGCGGCGACGGCCAGUGUGUGUCGCUGGUGUUCGUGUGCGAUGAGGACCAGGACUGCGCCGACGGCAGCGACGAGGCCUCCUGCCGUCCCGCCACGUGCAGCAGCAACGCCUUCCAGUGCAACAACUCCGUGUGCGUGCCGCAGCUGUGGGCCUGCGACGGCGACGCCGACUGCGCCGACGGCUCCGACGAGUGGCCGCAGACCUGCGCCGGGAGCCAGCCGGGGAAGGAGGCUGCCUCCUGCCGGCCUGACGACUUCCGCUGCGACAGCGGGGACUGCAUCCACAGCAUGUGGAGAUGCGAUGGCAGCCCCGACUGCCAGGAUGGCUCCGACGAGAAAGGAUGCGUCCAAUCCACAUGCCGCCCCGACGAGUUCCAGUGCGGCGACGGAUCCUGUAUCCAUGGUAACCGGCAGUGCGAUCGCCACUACGACUGCAAAGACAUGAGCGAUGAGCAGAGUUGUGUCAACGUGACCAAGUGCGAGGGCCCCACCCACUUCCGGUGCCGCAGCGGCGAGUGCAUCAGCAUGGACAAGCUAUGUGACAACAAGCCCGACUGCAGGGAUUUCUCUGACGAGCCCUUCCAGGACUGCAACACCAAUGAGUGCCUGACCAACAAUGGAGGCUGCUCUCACACCUGUAACGACCUGAAGAUCGGUUUCGAGUGCCUUUGCCCAUCUGGGUUCUCCCUGAAGGAACAGAAUCGCUGUGAAGACAUCGACGAGUGUGCCAACCCCGACACCUGCAGCCAGAUCUGCGUCAACACGGCGGGUGGUUACAAGUGCGAGUGCGAGGACGGCUACCUGCUGGAGCUAAAGAGCAGGGCCUGCAAGGCUGUGGAUCGCGCAGGUACCGUGGCAUACCUGCUGUUCACCAACCGGCAUGAGGUGAGGAAGAUGACGCUGGACCGCAGCGAGUACACGCGCGUCAUCCCCAGCCUGAAGAACGUGGUGGCGCUGGACAUGGACAUCCCCACCAAGAAGGUCUAUUGGUCAGAUCUCUCCCAGAAGAAGAUCUACAGCUCCCACAUGGACAAGGCCGGCAACGCCUCCCACCACAGCACCAUAAUCCAGGACCAAAUCAUGGCCGCGGAGGGCCUCGCUGUCGACUGGGUUCACGGACACCUGUACUGGACCGACAGCAUUUACGGCACCAUCACCGUGGCGACGUCCGACGGGGCUCGGCGCAAGACGCUGAUCAAAGAGGGUCUCAUGAAGCCUCGUGCCAUUGUGGUCGACCCUCGUCACAAUUUCAUGUACUGGACUGACUGGGGAAACCCAGCUAAGAUCGAGAAAGGAGGGUUGAAUGGUGCCGACCGGCAUGCUCUGGUGACGGACAAUAUCGUGUGGCCCAACGGCAUCACCCUUGACAUGCUAAACCACAGGCUCUACUGGGUGGACUCCAAGCUGCACACCCUCUCCAGCAUCGAUGUCCAGGGUGGGGGCCGUCGGACUCUCAUCAUCGACGAACAGAAACUGGCCCACCCACUUUCUCUGGCUGUUUUUGAGGAGAAAGUGUUCUGGACUGAUGUCGGCAACAAUGCCAUCCUGAGCGCCAAUCGCCAGACAGGAAGUGACAUCACCCUUCUGGCACAGGACUUGGCCUCCCCCGAGGACAUUGUGCUGUUUCACAACCUCAAGCAGCCCAUCGGCAAGAACUGGUGUGAGGCAAGUAAUAUUUCCAACGGAGGCUGCGAGUUCCUGUGCCUGCCUGCUCCUCAGGUUAACAGUCACUCACCCAAGUACACCUGUGCCUGCCCUGAUCACAUGACGCUGGGCCCAGACAUGAGGAAGUGCUUGACAGGAAUCUCAGACCCUGGGACCAGAGCAGAACCCACCACGGGGUCUGUGCUUGUCGCCAGGCAGGACCAUCCACAGUCCACCCCGACUGCUUUGUAUUUCGUGAUACCUAUAGCCGUCCUGUGUCUGAUGUCCUUUGGCGCUUUACUGGUGUGGAGGAACUGGAGGAUGAGGAAUACCAACAGCAUCCACUUUGAAAACCCAGUCUAUCAGAAGACCACAGAAGAUGAGGUGCACAUAUGCAGGAAUCACAGUCCGGACGGCUACACUUACCCCUCGCGACAGAUGUUAAGCCCCGAUGACGAGAUGGCGUGACCUGCAACUCAGCGUUUACAGGGCUUAGCGAGACCGACAAAAAGGGAAACAGCGAAAAUGGGUGAAGGCCUUUUUUGAUAUGCUGCUCACUGACUAUUGGGAUUUAAAAAGAAAAGAUUGAAACCACUGUGCCGUCCAAAUCUCCAGAAGGAGGUUUGGAGAACCCUUUGAGCUAAACCAAGAAAUUAAAAAGAUACGCAAAUUCUGAAGGAAGACUGAAGUGGAUGAAGAGAUUAUUCUGAAUGGAAACAGACCCACGUAAGCCUGUCACUGUACAGUAACCCUGCACGUAUGGCUGUGCAGCUCAUAGGCAUCUGGGCCCUAUUGGCAAUCGUGACCAAAACCUCACACGUGUAAAUAAGUGAGGGAGGACUGAUAGAGAGUACUGUGAAAGGAUCUUCUCGGAAAAACAAAGCAAAAGCCACUUUUUAGGGAGAAAGUUUGUCUUUUUGUGUGUGAAUAUGGCCUUAAUGCCUGACUACAGUCACUGAAUGUUACUUCUAAAGGAGUAUGUUGUGGUUUAAUUGUAUAGAUUUUUGAGGUUUUGUAAAUAAUUUAGCUUUAUAUUGAUUGUCAGCCUUUAUAUUGAUUGUAUUUGCACUACAUUUAGUUGAGGUGAAGCAUCUUAUUCUUUGACCAAAUGAAAUGGUAUAUUAUUUAAUUGUAACUGUUGUUUUUCCAUAUCGUAUGUGGUUAUACACAAUGAUAUUUGAACCAAAUGGAAUUUUUGCAGUGAAGGAGCAAGUAGUUGAAUGUCUUACUUGACACGGAGCAGGGAUUUCGUAACCAUCUGACCUCUUAUGCUGAAUCUGAACUGUGCAUUGGGGACCGGGACCCGUCGGAGACUGGGAGUAGCCCCCCUGUGGCUGCCUUCGAGGGCCUUCUAAGCCAUGUCAUGCACUGAGAGUGAAACAGCCAUCAGCACCGUUUGUUUCUUAGUGCCUUAACUGACACAAACUCAGGUUCAGAGUAGGCCGGUGAUUGCCAGGCCAGGCCUGGGGGACCCCCAGACCGUGCACAUUUUUGAGGGGGAUCCCUCAAACAUGGACUGUCUGGAAGGGAGCAAAAACGUGGACUGUCUAGGAGUCCCUGAGAUCCGGGUUGGGAAACACUGGAGUAGGCUGAUGCUUAGGCUAUGAACGGACACAUGAAUGAGAAGCCUUUAAGCUGAAAGUGUUCAAACAGACUUAUUUAAACAAGUAACCUUUCCUUUGCUCCCCUACGAAUGAUGACUUGCAGUUUAAUGUUAUUUAGAGGUGCUUUACCUUUACACUUUACACAUCUGCUAUGAUUACGAUGGGAUUACAGCGAUUUUUCAGACGUGCUCCAGGCUGAGCCCUGGUUUUCUGAACGCACAGAAUAGUGCAAAUCGAGAAGCCAUGAAACAUGUAUGUAAUCCUUGCACCUCUUCCCACGAUCAGUCAGAUCCCAUUGGCGGCUCAAUCAGAAUAGCUCCCUCAGGGUAAGUGUGUCAGAGUUGCCUUGUUUUUGUUAUAGUCCAUAGUUUAGACAGCAUACCUUCGAAAGAGAACGAUUGCAGCGUAGUGAUGGACAAAAUGGCGUUUCAUGAACCAUUUGCUGUAUUUUUUCAUACCCUUUUUUGAACAGAGAGCACCAUCUAGUGGGGUCAAAAAAUACAGCAAAUGGUUCAUGAAGUAUCAUUUUGUCCAUCCCUACUUCAGCGGUAUACCGAAUAGAUAGAUAUGGUUUUGUUGCUAUAGUGGCCUGCUAUUGGUGUGGACGGUCACCAGAUCCUGUGAGGUGUGACUAAGCACAGAGUCUCCAUUCCCUCCUUUUUGUAUCUGAUGACCUUAUUUAUCGCUGGGCAGUGGGUUGAACCUCAAAGCCAUGUUAAAGCAAUGCAAAGACCAGCUGCUUCCCAGUGACAUACAUAUGUGUAAAUAUGUUUAUAUGUAAAUACAAUCCAUUGCAGAUCUCUGUUACCUUGGUUAGUAGGUGUGUUUCUGAAUUUUAAAUGUUGUACAUAACGAAAUGGGUUUUUUUUAUUUAUUGCAAGAGUCAUACCCUUUGUUAAGUUUGAUUUAAUGUCAUUUGGGUCUUUCUUGCAUGAGAAAUCACCCUUAAACCUUUCAUGUAUUGAUGUGAUUGACAUACCACACACACACACACAUGCACACACACACACAUACACAGUUAUUCCACCCUGGCUUAAAAUCUGUUAAAAUGUUAUUUUAAACGGGUGUCAACAUGAAGGUUUGUGAUUUUUGGUCACAGUUUACAGGAUCUGUAAGGUUCGGUAUCACACGCAUGUAAGUUAAAGGAUCUCUGGAAAUAAAGAAAAAUUUUAAGGUGGAA